AUUGAAUGGCUAACACUGCCUGCUUUAUAAUUGUUGGUCGGAAUGAUAUUCCCAUCUAUGAGGCCGAAGUUGGAUCUGCUGCGAAAAGAGAAGAUGCUGCUCAGCUACACCAGUUUAUAUUACAUGCAGCAUUAGAUGUCGUCCAAGACCUAGCAUGGACUACAAGUGCCAUGUUUUCGAAGUCAGUCGACAGGUUUAACGAUCUGGUUGUGUCAGUGUAUGUUACCGCAGGCCAUACUCGACUCAUGCUCCUUCAUGAUUCACGCAAUGAGGACGGCAUCAAGAGCUUCUUCCAAGAGGUGCAUGAGCUUUAUAUAAAGAGUCUUCUGAAUUCAUUGUAUUUGCCUGGUUCUCGGAUUACAUCGUCACAUUUUGACACAAAGGUACGUGCACUUGCAAGAAAGUAUCUGUAGGGAAGACGAAGAUUCAGUCCCAAAGGCCCGAUGUCUUGGAUUUAGUAUCAUAGUUCCAAUCAAUUCUUUGGUGUUUUAUGUUUAAUGCUUGAUUUCUGUUCUUUAUCACUUUCAAUCAAAAUUUUAAUGUUUGAGAUUCCUUGUAAAAAUUUAUACUUUGGUUGUUAUCAACUCUCUAUCUCUCUCUCUCUAUCU